GCAGAAGGUGCGCGCCCGCGGGAGGGGCCGAUAGAAAAUGGCGAGUCUGUGCAGAAGGCAGCAAUGCACGAUCGAGAGGCGCGGCUUUCGGCAGGAACUUGACUCGUGGCGGCAUAAACUCAUUCACUGUGUAGGGUUUGAAAGCAUUUUGGAGGGGCUGUUUGGACCAGCACUUGUAAAGGAUCUUACCCUCUUUCAAGAUUGUGAGCCAGAGGGAGUGUCAGAUUGGUCAUUCAAUGAAAACUGUCUCUUUUGCUGCUUAAGACGUGAGAAAGUGAAGGAAAACUUUGGUUUGAACAACCAAGUAUCAUCAGAAGCGGACAGCUUCAAGCAAGAGCAGUCCAAUAUUAACAAACUUGAGAAGCAAGCAGAGGACUUCCUCAAUGUUGUCUUCUACAGAAAGGCAGACCUCCCAGGAUUCACAGACCCCCACAUUCCUCUAGUGGCUCAUGAGAUCAUGCAGCGAAUGAUCCGACAGUUCGCUGCGGAAUAUACCUCAAAAACCAGCUCAACUCAGGACGUACCCAACCCCCAGUCCCAGCCCAACGGCACCAAGGACCAAAGCCUGCCGAAAGCGCCCUCGCUGGAGCCGGACGCCUCCACACCUGCUCCCGUCUGUGGUGGCGCCGGUACCGGCACAGCUGCCUCCGCACAGAAUCCCGUCCUCAGCAAGCUUCUCAUGGCAGACCAGGACUCGCCACUGGACCUCACCGUCAGGAAACCAGAGACAGAACCCAGUGACCAAGAUGGAGUCCUUGACCUCUCAACUAAAAAGAACCACAGUCAUGGUAGUGUCUCACUAAAAAGCUCUCAUGGUUUCUCAAUCGUGCCCACAAUUAAGGGGCGUUCCCAGAGAGCUGAUCACAAAUAUCGAGAUGUUGAUGAUGAAGAUGGCUUGCCACCGAGAAGCUUGCAUGAUGGGAUAAGGGAGAAUUGUAUUGGUUCUGGACCCCUCAAGCCACCGUUGGCCCGCUCACUCCUUAUAAAAGAGGAGCUCCUGAGCCAGAAACACCGCCUCAUUGGCCAACCGACAGCUCUUUCAUUGGCUAGCCUAGAGUCUGUGGGUCUCCUCAAUAGCCAAGCUCAGUCCCUCCUCUCUCGUGAUGGAACCUGGGGAAAAACCCACCUGGAUAGCCUCCUGAAGCUUAAACAAGUGAGCGGGAACCUUAGUGACCUAAAUGACCUGGCUCUUUACCAGGAGAACCAUGGAGUAUUCACCAAAGGCACAAAGUCCCUUGAUGCCAGUUCCAUCACAAUAAAGAAAGAACCAGGGCAUUCCCCUCCAGUGGACUUGAAGAUUCCGCAAGUCCGAGGCAUGGAUCUGUCGUGGGACUCCCACGGGAAUUCCUCCGAUCUCUACACUUACGGCUCCCUUGCUAUGGCCAGUGUGCACUCUGAGAAUGCGCUCAGCAGGAAGCUGAGAGCCAUCUUGCCAAAGCAGAAUCGCAGAGCCCUUGGAGGCAUUCUUGACGGAGGAGCCGUGGGCGAGUACUGGGGCGCAGACAUCGAACAACCAAGUUUGGGACCCCAGUACCCAACAUCUGAUCCAGAGGCAGAUCCAACAGGCUCCAAGCAACCCCGAAAGAAAAGGGGACGGUAUCGCCAGUACAACAGCGAGAUACUAGAGGAAGCCAUUGCUGUGGUGAUGGGUGGGAAGAUGAGCGUUUCCAAGGCGCAAAACAUCUACGGUAUUCCCCACAGUACCUUGGAGUACAAGGUGAAAGAGAGGUUGGGCACACUGAAGAACCCACCAAAGAAAAAGCUUAAACUGAUGAUGAGGGCUGAUGGGCAGGACUCUGGGAUCACCGCUGAAACCGAAUCCAUGUCGACCCCCACUACCACGCACGUGGAUGUCACAAGUGGAGACAAAGUCGAGUAGAAUACACAGAACACCUCAUAAAAUGGAAACAUUUCAAAAUCUGACUGAAACAAAAAAAAAACUAUGGAUUCCGAAUUGAGGACGGGACUUUAAUUGUGCCAAUUUACUUGCAGUAUCUGGGUGAGCACAACUGCAGGAAAACAUGGGAGGAUUUAAGCGUGACAACUUGGGAUAAGAAACAAAUUGGCAGUUAUCUUAGUGGUCACGUUGACGCUGCGAGCAUUUGUUGAUGUUUUUUACAACGUUAAGCAACAAAUGCAUACUAAAGCCAUAAGAGAGUAAAGACAGAGACAUUUUAUUAUAGAAAAAAAGAGAUAAAACCUUCAUUCGCCCCCUUCAUCUGAACUUUUUGAGCUGCACCAUUAGUGCUGAUGCGUUUGGACGGCAUGCCAUAUAUUAUAAGAAAUGAGAAGUGGGCUUUGGAGGGUUGCGUGCAAGGAAUUUGACCCUUCAAAAAUGAAUUUAUCUCUUCUGAUCGGUAGGUUUAUGAAAUAAGUCUUUAAAACUAAUUCAUUUGGAGUUGACAAGGAUUCUCACCAGGAUUCUGUCGCUAGGGCCCCGUUUUUCUAUUAACAGGUAAAACAUUUUCUUUCAACCCUUCAUAGUUUCCUCCUUUUAUAUUCUGCACCAUUGAAACAGACUAAGAAUUAGACAUGUCCAUUUAAAAAAAAAAAGAAGCUUAAGAUUAGUCAUUCAGGGAUGCAUGUUUGUGAUGUUUAAAAAACGUCUUUUUUACGUUACUGUAACUAAAACUUUCUUUAACUCUAGCGCUUUCUUUUGCACUACACUUUCAGUCUGGCGCUCGCCAGAGCCUAAAUCUGGCAAUUAGACCUGAUUACCUCGACAUUGCUUGCAUUACGCACUUACUGUUCUGUCUUGCAUACUACAUAAUACUCAUUUUACAAUACACUUUUCUCUUGGUGAGAGUCUCUCGCUCGUAAAUGGAUUUAUACUCGCGUGAAGGGACAAUGCCGACUUGUACCACACAGAACAGGAACGUGUUUUCAAUUCACAUCUUUCUACUUAAAUUAUUCGAGGGAGGGUGCAUUCAGUCAAUUUUUGGCUCGCCAUUCCCUCAUCGCUGCUUAUAGUCAGUCACUGACGUGUAUAUUUAUAAAAAGAAGAGCAUUUUUUGCUGAGGGUUGGUUUUGGGGAGGGUGGAAUAUAGGUGGGAAUAGGGUAGGGUUAUGACCACAUAACUCUAUUAUGUUUUAAAUUAGCAUUUUGACAGAGAGCCAAUUCUAGUCUCUGAAUGGUUUCUUUUCCUCAUGUAUAACUCAGGGCAACUGAGACAAAUAUAGCGAUCAUGUUUUUAGAGAAACAAUGCAGAUCUUACUUGAAGUGGAGCCUGUGACGCAUUCUCAGUCAGUGAGUUGGGUCAGGGGCAGGGCUUUAUACUGGGCGUAGGUUGGGUCGAGAUAAGCCAUGGAUUGUGGAUAUCGGUGGGAUAUUAUCAUUCGAAACAGCUGGCCAGUUGGGAAUUUUCUGAGACCUCUCAAAAAAAAAAUAGCACUUUGUUUUAAAAUAAAGCGAUUAUGUUCGGAUGCGUGUUUCAAAGUAGCUUUUGCGGUAGCAGAUAGCAUUAAGGAGAUCAAACGGGGAACGUCUUGACAGCCCUCACCAUCCUGAAGCGUAGACCCAAACAUGCGCUUUUUUGGGGUAAAAGAAAAUUACCUCUUCGAUAUACAGUGGUCGACAGCUUGAAUUCUCAGAUUUGUCUAUUGUUGCCAUCACUGUCUAUUGUCAUAUCGCACCUCUUUCCAAUCUAAACUGUGUCGUUUAAUGUAUAUAAAAGAAGGCUUUUGGAAUGGCAUGCUCCACUUUGAUGAUGUUGAAAGGGCAUUCUGGUCUAUCACUGCCUGGUGCUCACCCAGUCUGUGACAAAAACUGAUAUUUCAAACUUCAGGGUUUCUGAUGAAACUGUUAAAAACACUAACGUAAUGUACCUCUUUAUUUAUUGUAUUAUUUAAUUUGAAUCAUUGAUGUAAAUGGCAUGCACCAGUUUAACACCAGAUUUCAUUCAUGAAAUCUUCAAAUCUGACACUUGGAAAAUCACUUGGCUCAUGGAAAAUGUAUAUAUUGGGCAAUUUCCUACAACUUAGGUGUAAGCUGUUAUUUUAUGUUAAUUAUCCCAAACAUAUAUCAGUAAACAAAUUAUUUAAAUUACUUUAUUUUACUGGUUUUGUUUAAAGAAUUUUCACUUUAACCUUAUCAUUGCAAAACUAGUAGAAAGGAAAGAUUUUCGAAUAGUAGGCUUUUUAACAAUAGACUGACAAUGGAGAACACUUUAGGUGAUCCAGCAUGAAAUGCACCAACACUUUAGUAAUGCCGAGCAUUUAAAGUGUCUAAUUCGAAUUUAGUUUGAUCAUUUAACAAUCAAUCAGGCUAUUUAUCAAUCAAUGUGAUUUGAAAUACUACUGAUAUUUGCUUAAUAUUUAUGUUUCCGCCAUUAGUAAAUAACUAGUCUAAGAUCAUUAGUAACAACUAUAUUAUUUAAGCAGAUUCUAUUAUAAUUAGAAAUGCACCGAUAUAUCGGCCAAUAAUCAGUAUCGGUCCUUGAUCAGGGCCGAUAUAUCCUGUCAAACAAAAGAGGACAGAAAAAUGCAAUGAAUUUUUAAAAAUAUCACCAGUUUGAUGUUCAAUAUUAUUUGUCAUUAUAUAAAUUAAUAACAUUCAAAAAGUUAAGAAGAAUUAAUUUAAUCUUCAGAAUCGGUAUCGGAACUAGCUAUCGGUAGAGAAAUGUUGUAUCGGUGCAUCUCUAAUAUUUUGGUUUUCCCCAUUAGUAAAUUAAUAGCCCAAGAUCAUGAGUAUCAACUAUAAUUUGUUUUUGUAGUAUAAGCAGAUUCUAUUAUAUUUAGAGAUGCACCGAUAUAUCGGCCAAGGCUCAGUAUCGGUCAAAACUGAUACAGUCGAUAAAAUGUUUAGAAAUAUCACCAGCUUAAUGUUCAAUAUUAAUAGACAUUAUAUGAAUUAAUAACAUUCAGAAAGUUACGAAAUAUAACUUUACUCUUCAGAAUCCGUAUCAGAACUGGCUAUCGAUAUCGGUGGAGAAAUUGACUAUCGGUGCAUCUCUAAUAUUAAGGUUUCCCCUAUUAGUAAAUUAAUAGUCCAAGAUCAUUAGUAUCAACUAUGUUAUGUUUUUUCUAGUAUGAGCAGAUUCUAUUAUAAUCAACUAUUUCCCCUAUAAUUGGCACUUACGAUUUAUUGCACUGAAGGCCAUGACUGGAAUUCGUUUUGCGGCACUUAAAUCUUUGGCCCUUUCGUAGAGAAUAAUCUUGGGCCUCUCUAUUGUUAAUCUAGUGGUAUCAUCAGCUGUCUGAAUAACUAAGGUGCAUGCCAUUUCAACAUAUUUAUUUGAUUUCGCUAAUGUAUUUUUAUCACAGGGUUAACGGCUCCCCCUGUCCAAAAAACCUCCUCCUCUUUACGCCACAGUUUCGAACUUCGAAAUGAAACCUUUACACGAUGAAUGUACUGAACCAUUACAUGUUGUUUGGGAAAACACAGCACUUUCAUAUUUCAUACCUUAAACAGACUGUUUUCGUUUCUCCUCUUGCUGCUGGCGUUACAAUAGCUGUUUAUUUAUUUUGUUCGUUUUUCUGAAAUGUACACCUGUAGCCUUCAGUACUUUCGUAUCUCAGGAUAGAUUCCGCAGAAGGGUUUGCAAUAUUUGUCAGUCACGAUGCAGACGUAACUACCUGUACAAGAUGUGCAGAGACAUGUGAUAGUAUCUUUGCACAAUAUACCUCAUCCUUGGGAAUAAACGCACCUUUCUGUGCCACACACUUAAAUACCAUUCAGGGGCACGUGGAAAAGGAGCAGUUGAACUCUGGGAAAUUUUCCUCUUCUUCACCAUCGUUUUCGUCUUCUGUGAGAGAGACGGCAGGCGUGUCUGACUGACCAAUAUUUACACCCUUUUCAUUCAGGUACUUUGUGAAAGCCAAAUUUUUGAUAAUGUUCAGAAAUUUCGCUCAACAUUUUGGUUCCGUUUUGCCAAUAACCAGUCCAGUCAUUAAUGUGAUCGUAUAACGUUGAUCCUCAAGGCAAGUGUGUAAAAUACAGAAAUGGAAGUCUGAAGGGGAGAAUAUGGGGCAGGUGGAAAUGUUAACCUUCUGUUUGUGUUUGUGUGGUCUCUGUACACUUGUUUUUAAACUGCAUUCCAAAAAUUUCAAAAGAUACCUUUAUAUGGAAGAAAAACCUAUACAUUCUGUAUACAAAUGAAUAUAUUAUAUUUAUUUUACUGUUUAUUAUUUUUUUCUGGAUGAUAUUGAAAUGCUACAGACAGCUAUAACCUCAGUUUCUGUACCAAAUGAAGUGCCAUUUGUUUUGUCUCAAGUCACUGAUGAUUUCUAUUCUGACAAAAUGUUCUUUUAGUUUGAAAAGUUUUCGACCUCCACUGCAAAUCCACAUAACAGCAUUACCUCAGGUUAGAUCUCUCCAGAGCAGCUGAUUGUACGUUUAGCUGUAAAAAUCAAGACCUUUUCUUGACUUUUACACAUGUUUCCAAAACACAACUACUACUUUAUGGAAGCAGUUUUUAAAUAACACUAGUCGUAAUUAUUUUUCUUCAAAUAUAUACAUAUAUACCUUUGCUUAACUAAACCACGGGUCUCUUUAUAAAUGCAAUUAUUGACAUUAGCACACAAUAGAAAUAGGACACAUGACUUACAAGUUAGCACACACUUGCAUAUACACACAAAACAACAUGUGGGUGGAUUAUAUAUACUUUAUAAGACUAUUGGUCUGAACGAUCUGAAACUUGUUGGUUGUGAAGGUUAGGGCAUGUAUGGAAAUAGAGGCACUCCAAAUCCAAGGUGUUGUUUUUUUUAUCUUACUUUUUGUUGUCUUGUUCGAACUGAUGCAUAUUUGUGUUAUUUAGGAUUCUUUAGGAAGUUAAUGAGCGUUUCAAGUGGUAAUACUGCAUUUCUUUUGCGUUUGUCAUCAUUUCAAAGCGAAUAGGCACACCUUUAUGCAGCUAUGAAGCAACUUCUGGUCUAUUAUAUUUUCACACUUCCUAUAAAUUGGGAGAAUUGAUUUGUCAGCAAACACCGUCGUCCCCUUGGACUGAAGAUACCCAUUGUAUUGUCAAUCUAUGCACUAAAGUGAGUAAUGUUGCACCAUUACUGUUUGUGUCAUUAUAUUUAAUUCUUUUAGGGGGAGUUUUCCCAUUAGACAACUUUACGGCACAACAUUUAACUAAGUCAAAGAGUUGAAUAUUUUAUUCAAUUUUGAUGUCUAUCAUUUGCAGCACUGAAGCUUAAAAUAGCUGUUGUCAUGGUACUUGCAGCCACGGUAAAAAACGCAUUUUGUAAGUAAGCUCUCAGAGAAACAUGUCAUGGGAAAUUAUGUUGGAAUAUGCAGUUAUGAGCUUUGCCACUUCAGCUCGGAAUGCACUGAAGUGCAACUUGGUUUAAGCCAUUUACGUCUGAGAAUCAGUCCGAUACAUCAUGUUUUUUUUAGUUUUUAUCCGUUGUGGUUUCAUCUGGAGUGCCUGUUUUUGCUACGUUCAAUUGUCGAUGAUUCGCAUCAAUUCGAAAUGGCAUUCAAUUGUACUGUACAUACACAAUGAGUAAUCUGGACAAUUUAGUAAACCGCAGUUAUCCACAAGCCGAUCAUAGCUAUCAAUAAUUGAUAACAACAAUUGAAAUCAUUUACCAAGGUGACUUACAAUCUAUAUAUUCGUUUUCUUAUACAUAUUACAUUAAUGCAGUGUUAAUUUUGACAGCAAAUUUUGAUUUAGUUUUAGUCAUAGUCUUUUGACGAAAAUGCAAUGUAGUUUUAGUCACAUUUUAGUCAACCCCAUCAUUUUAGUUUUAGUCUAGUUUUAGUCGACGAAAUAUGAAAAACAUUUUAGUCGAAUAAAUAUACAUUAUAUUUAGUCUACUAAAAUCUAAAUGGUUUAAAUCAUUUACUUGGUGUAAUUAAAUGUUCCAUACAAAGAUUCAACUGUUUUGACAUAAUUUACUUCACCUUAGAAUAAAAUUAAACCAGGUCAUUACCUUUAUUUUUCAGAAAAGUUCAGUAACUAGAUAUGCAUUGUUGGAACGCAGAGUAUUAGUCCAUGAACGACAUGUUCCAGUUCAUUCAGUCCCAUUUGACUCAAUUGACUCGUUAAGUUGGGCGUGUUCAUUCAACCAAUGGAACGCUCUGACAGGGCUCACACUCAAAGGCUAUUGGCUCAUGGCAUGCUUCUUUGAAGUAAGCGCUGCACUGUCUCUGCUUGAGACAGCAAUGAAUGAGAAUAGCUUUCAAAAAGACAUAUUAUAUAAAUUGUAUUACAUUUCUUUAGUCAUGCAAACAUGUUACAUACUUGGUUGGAAUGUACAGUUCGACUCACUUCAUCACUUCUAUAAUCAGUAGAGGACGGCGCUGGUUUCUUUUGGCUGACUUUGUUGCAUUUCACGUUAUGCAGCAGCUCGUGUUAAGUUAACAUUGGCAUAUAAAACCUUUGAGCUUGCCUUCGUAAUGUGUUUCGGGGUGACUCGCCUGCAGUCGCGCUUCAAGUUUGCGGCGUUUUACCGGCGAUCGUGAAGGAAAAUAAGACGCUUUGUAACCCGCGUGGAGACACAGAAUACAUGUGUGUGCUUCCCCUUCUCCCAGAGACUUCUCUCUGCCGUUUAUAUGAGAUAAGCAGCACAUGCGCGCAAACUGAUGUCCGCCAGGUGGGACAAGAAUAUUUUCGUCUCGUUUUUAUUAGUUGACGAAAAUGUCAGUAUAUUUUUAUUACAGUUUUCGUUAUAAUGCAUUCAUUUUUAUUUAGUUAUCGUCUCGUUUUCGUCAGUGAAAACAUGUCGUUAACGAAUACUUUUCGUCAUAGUUUUCGUUAACGAAAUUAACACUGCAUUAAUGAUAUACAUAUUUUUGAUUUUGUCGUUUAAAAGUGAAGUGUGUCAUUUCUGUGCCACCAGCAUAAUUGCUGUAAUAAAUGACUAUUUUUUAACAUUAGUCUAUAACCCUCCUGUCUGCCAUUGGUUGAACAAACUGAUCACUUUGCCUUUAGUUGAAACAAUGUUGGCAGGUUUGGUAAAGCUUUCAAUAGCACCACAUCAUUUAAUCCUUUCUCUGAAUCAACCAAUGAAUGGGUCUUUGUAAACUAAGCUGCAUUUUAAGAAUAAAAUACGACACACUUCACCUUUAAGAUAGAUGAAAUGAGAGAUGAGAAGAUCCAGAAUAGGUGCAAGUGAAACUGUGAAUUAUAUGGAACAGAGCCAUGAGAAAUCAACAUCCAACCACUACAGCAAUUAUCUAGACUAGUGUUAUAAGUGAAGACUUUCCUUAACAGUUAGAGGAUGAACGGAGCUGUGUGGAAAUGGGCUUUGUCAAAUGGCCAAGGUUCUGCUCAAGAACUUGAGAGCUUUUGGCUGUGAAAGGGCUCUUUUGUUGCCAUGACAAUCUUGCAAGAUCAUUCACUCAUAAAGGUGUGCCUAUUCUAAGUCUUGUUUAAAUAUUCACAUUUUACAUUUAAUACAUGGAUUGUGCAUUAUUUCUGUGAGAUACCAGCGUUUUUAUUUGCUUUCUACCAUACGUUUUGUCUUUGUGUAAUAUCCUUUAUCAUUUAACUCUUAUUUGUUAGACCCAAAUGGAGAAAAUGAAAGAUAGAAACAGGGAAGUUAUGACCACUUUUGAACUUUGUGUCUUUCUGCUGCGCUCACCCCCUAUAGCUUGUUGGCAUUGCAUUGAAUUUGAUGACCAAAUCUGCUCUUAAACAUUAAUGUCAUCCAUGACUGUUUCAACCCUGCAAUCCGUUGAGUUUUGCAGGAAUAGAAUUAUUAGUUUUGCUACCUCAACUUGCAAAUGGUUUCAUAUAACGUCACCCUUUGAUAGUGAAGCAAAAAUGACUUGUAUCUUGUGGGACUGACAGUCCCUAAUGGCAUUUGUCGAUCAGGUUUUGGCAAUGUAACUAUGGUUUGACCGGCUUACCCGCUGGAACCUGUAUGUAGCAUUUCAGAUGCAGGGAUAACACUGGCUCAUCAUUCCAAAAGAGUGUCACGGCCCCAUUUGGUUAGAAAGCAGUUGAAUACAUUCCACACUAACAUAUGUGUACCUCAUACAGUUUUUGGGUAGGGGAAUGACUCUCUUCUUUUGGAUAUAAAUGUUUUUUAAUUAUGCAUCCUUGAUCGCUUACGUCUCUAAGACCAGUGUUUAGGAAAAAAAUAUGGUUGACCACCGACCCCGUCUAGCUCCUUCACACUGCCCCAGCAAGCCCAACAAACUGGGUUUUAUGAAGGAGUGUGUUGGUUGGGGCGGUGUGAAAAUGACUGUUGUGUUUAAGAUCACAAAUUCCACAGGCACCUUUAGAAUGUUUGAAAUGUUGGGGCAGUGUGAACCAGCCUCACGGUUGGAAAUGCGUUGUUCUUGUGUAUUUCUUAAAUAUAGUAUAGUCAAGCAUACCAUACAAGUCUGUGCCCUUUUUACAAGCCAAAUGCAGUCUGUGGGCAGUAUCUUUGUUUUGCGAGAAAUCUGUUGCAUAUUUUGUUCGGUCGCACUCAUACACUGAUGUUGGUGCAUUGCCGCAACUUUUGUGAGUCCCAAGUUUUCUUGAGCAAAAAAUGCCUUUUGCUAUCUGUUCAGUUAUGCUAAUAUUUCAAGUACUUUUUCAAGUUUUGUAAAUUCUGAGAAUAGAGUCUUAACAUUGUAAAGUUUCUGCGUUCAGUGUAGUAUAAUGAUUGGAUACCGGUCUCCCGUACUCCUUCAGGUUAAUGCAUGAGAUUGGAAUGAUAAGGCUCGGCUAAAGACUGGCUAAAGGUUUUUCGAUAUUUCUUUAUACUGUUGAUAUUGUGAUUAUUGAAAAAAAUCAGAAAGUGGUUUGCGAUCCAUUCUUUCACGAAGUUCUUUAAUAUGUUACCGCAUAAAGUCCCGUAGCUAGAGGGUAAUAUUCCAGAAUGGCUUUGUAACAAUAGUUCCACUACGUGGUUCCAAAACAUGUUAGUUUGAUUACUUUGCAAUACAAAACAAAUUCUCAUUAAGCUUGGGAAAACGAGUCAAGUAAGGCAAUACUUUUGGUUUAGGUCCCCUUGACUCAAAAAGUGGGUUUUUUGUCACAGGCCCAAGAUAGGUCACCCAACGGCCAGGCAACUUUUUCAAAUGGAAAAGAUUCAGCCAAAUACCAUUAGUUCAGUGCUUUAUGAACAGCAAAGAUUGUAAAGUACGAAUUACCUGGGGAAACAAAAAAUGGAGGUUUAAAAUCUUUUGUUUGGUCCAUCGAGACCUGCAAGGCAACAAAGACAAUUUGUUUUGUUUCCUCGGUCUGUACAACUUGUGAUGAUGUGUUUCAACUUAAAGAAAAAAACCUUACAACACAGAAUACCUCAGAUAAUAAAUCCAUGUAAAUCUUGACAGCCUCCACAUGUAGAUAGAGCCCAGUUCACUGCCACCCUCAUCCAUGUGGUCGAGAGGACUGCAUUUGUAUGUUAAUUGUCAAUCAUUUCAAUACCUGUUGUAACGUUGUGGAGGUUUCAUUACUUUUUUCUUGUCAUGUUUGUUCUUAACAAACAAAUGAAACUAUUAUUGAAUUAUAAUUCGUGUCAACAAACAGAACUGCAAAAUCAUGACUGUUGUCAAUCGAUUUUUUUAGCCAUUGGUCAGUCAAAUAAAUAUUCCUGCGCCAUUGGUUGAGCCAAUGUUAUGAUGGAGCCACAGUGUUAACAGUUGGGAAUCAACUAAACAAAUGGGUUGCUUAGAGUUUGGUAGGAGCAAGUAUUUUAACAAUGAAAAAAAUGACAAUUUAACUUUAGGCAUUGCAACUACAAGAUUUUAAGAGACAGAGACCCUGCAGAUGCUACAAAGUUGAGCAGAGUUCAGCUUUAUGCGAAUGCAAUGCGAUAACCACCAACAGAAUGUCUUAAAGCAGUGUUCAGUACUCGGGGCCCCCCUCCCAGAAUGGUUUAAAUAUCUUUCUAUAUAAAAAACCUGAUUCAACUCAUCAACUGCUUAGUGUGUGAACUGGGGUGACUAAUUAACACACCAACUAACAUCUGGAGUGAGGGCUGAUGAGUUGAAUCAGGUGUUUUAUAUAGGGAGACAUCCAAAACAUCCUGGGAGGGGGGCCCCCCGAGGACUGGAUUUGAGAGAAACAGUCUUAAAGUGAAGCUAAUAUGAUCCAUCGCCUGAUACAGUUGGAUAUUGUGGUCCAGUAGAAAUGUCCUUGGUAAAGUAGCAAACCAUUUUAUUUUUUCAAAAUUCUAGUUGCAGACUUUACUCGCAUGUUGAAUUAUUUUUUUUUAAAUCACGUUAUAACACCAAUGGCUCCAAGAGUGGCAGAAAACUGGUCCGUUUUCCAAAUACCACCAUGAAAACUGUUUUAAGCUAUAAAAUGGGUUUUAGUUUGUUGAGUUCAAACUGAAAACCAUAGUCUGUACAUUUGUCAUAUGUUGGGUUCCAUCAUUUUAUAUAUCAUUUUCAUUAUCAGCUAAACUGAAUGUAGGAGGAAAAAGAAUAAUCUGAAACUUUUAACACACACUUUUUAUGUAACUAUACAUACUUUAGGACAAGCUAUAGAUUAUAUUAACGUGUUCUUAAAUAUAUAUAUACACAACAGUCACAGUGCAUUGUAUAUAAUGUUCUGUAUAGUUAUAUACUUAUCUUCUGGAAAGAGUUCAUCUCUUCCUCAUUUGAUUCAGGGAACAAACGUUUCAGUGCAGUAUAUUUAGACUCCUGUAUAGCUAUAACCGUUUGUAUAGUUCAUUUGUGUUGAUUUGCUCACGCCUUUCUUUUGUCAUCAACGUAGGGGAAUGAUAGUUAGUCCUAAAGUGAGCUAAAGAAAGGAGAAAUUAGUUAUUUUAAGUCAUUUAAUGCUGCCUGGGUGCAGUUUUUUCACAAUACUGUACAAACGGAAUAUAUAUCAAGGGGACGUCGCAAACUUUUUUAAGGUGGAUGUGUAUAUAGUCGUACCCAUUUCCUGGUUUGAUUUCAUGGAUGAAGAACAGGAUUUUUUAGAAAUGUGAUUUUGAAGUAUUUAUUGCAACAUCAGUCAGUGAUGUGAACUAAUUUUCCCCGUAAUAAUGGGUAUCAACCAGGAUAUUUGGUAUUGCUUGUUAUUUUUGCUUGCUACAUAAGUGUACAUGUUAUGAACUUUAAGUUUAAAAGUCAGAUGGGUAAAAUCAUUUUGUGAACACUGGAUCUCUGCUGGACAAUGUCCGAAAAUCAUCCUUAUUCGUGAGGAAACGUGCCCUGGGUGUGCUUAGCUGCAACUGCUUUUUCUUAAUGAUGAAGAUUAUGAUUUUUCGCGUGAAGUGAAACGUCGCCGUGGGUGUGUAUGAGUGUGCGAAACUGCUUUUACUUUCGCUCGAGCGUUGUGUGGAUAGACCAUUACUUUGACGAUUCUCAAUCAUGCGAUUUCGGAAAAGAUAAGCCUCCGAGCAUUGGUUUUCUUGAUCAUCAAAGAAAACAAAUUCCUUUUCUCGAUUUAUGUUAAAAUCUAUCCUAUUAUUACUAAGCCACAACUACGAAUCCCUCAGGGACAAACGACACUCUGAUUCAAUCUAUUCAGGUACUUUCUUGAUUCUGCGGCCUAGCUGUAAAAAUAUUACGAAUACCGUACGUAUUUUGGGGGGAAAAUGAGCAAGACGCGAGUCAUUUUUAACCUAUCGUCGCUUUUUUCGCCACUGUCCUUUUUAGUUUUUGUAUUCUUUAUAUCCAGACUUAAGUACAAUAUACUAAAUGAAUGUCAAAGCGAAAACUUCAGGUGAAGCGUAACACUCAGCCAGGCAGUGCUUUUCAUUACGAUUUCCUCUGCGCACACUGUGCCUAAAAUGCCUGAAGACAAUACAACGCUAUUUAGACACACACCACUUCAGACCCUUCGAUGAUAGUGGUUGACCGGUCUUAGCACUCCUUUACAGAUGUACCUCUAAAGCGAGAGGCCUGAUCUUUCUCAUUCACGCUCCGGAAUUGCUAGUUUCUGUCUCUUCUUUUAGCAUGUAAGUAUUUCAGCGACAAAACUGCCUGAAUAAACUGCCUCGCGAUACAGUUUACGGUUCGGUCUGGUUUUCAUUUGUGCUUGUACAACAAAGCCAACAUUUAUACAGAUUUGACUUUGCUACGAUUUUUGAGCUUUUAGGGUGCCUACUAUCAAAAUAAAGGAUUUAUGAACAGGUUAUGUUUGACUUUUUUUCAAUAACAGUUAUUUGAAAAUCGUUGAAGUGCAGGAAACGUUAAUAUUAAAGCUAGGCAGCAUUAACUCCCAGUUUCGUAUAUUAGUGACUCCCAGUUUCGUAUAUUAGUGUCUUUGAGGUUUUGUUGUUUGACAUUUUUCUUCCGAUUUACAGAUUUCGAAACAUUGUCACGAGUUUUAGUUUGAGACGGCUAACAGUCGGCAGCGGGCGUGUUAUCUACACACGUACUUGGAUUAGAAAAUUCAGGCUUUUUAAUUCAAAUACUUACAUGUUAACUCUUACUACGAGACAGAGCGUAAUAGUUUUUAAAACGCGUAGGUUUGCCGGUUUGGGAUUAAGGUGCUGCUUUUUUCGAAUCUUCUCUGUUUUUGAUAUACCUCAGACCGUCUAGCUAAUAGUGAGUGCUUUUUACAAAAUGGCAUCUUGCCUUUUAACACUGGUUGCUCUGAUUCAGUCAAGUGGUCGGAAGACAGGCGCUCCAAAACUGGAAUAGACCUCAUUACAAUAUAUACUGUUUACUCUUUGACAGAAACAUUGUAUAGUUUAAUAUUUUCUUGUACUGUAGAUUUAUUUAUGUAUAUUAAUUUGUUCCUUUUUGUACUGUGUGUUGGACUUUUAUGCUAGACUUAUAUCGAUGUCUGUGUUAGCACUUAUGAAGAUCACAAUAACUUUUUUGGUUUGAUUGCACUAUGUUUCUUUCAUUUCUUUUUCGUUUUGUUUUUUUAAUGCAAAUUCUUAUUUACAAGCUGGGCUAAUGAAUAAGCUGUCUCCUAUUGUAUGUGAUUUUUUAAAAAGAAAAAAGGACAUGAAAAACUGAUUAGAUUUUCUGUGGUCUAAUUUAAAACGAAAUGAAAAAAUGUUUUCCCUUUCUUUUUAUUUGCAUUGACCGUUAAGAAAAAUGCUGAUUAGAUCCGUCUUUGUGCAUGUGUGGAGUUUACUGGUUAUAUUUUAUCCAUUAGGAAAAAAUGCCAUUUUUCAACGCAUUUUAAUUGUAACAUUGUGCAAGUUAGUAUUCACUGGAUGCUAGAACCUUCUUAUGAAAACCACUAUUCUUCUAAUAAAUUUUUGUUGUGAAAACAA